AAACGCGGUUUGAGCUUCUCCACCGCUUCCUGAGUUGUCUGUCUUUGGCGUUUCCUUCACUCUCUCCCACUCAUUCUCUCUUCUUCUUCUUCUUCUUCUUCUUCUUCUUCUUCUCUCUCUCUCUGUACUCUUCACUCACUCACACACACACACACUCUCUCUCUACAACACCACCCACUGACGAAGCUCUCAACUCACGCACACCUCCAUUUCUUCUCCUCUCCACACUCUCUAAAGCCCAUUUUUCCAUUUCCGAUCUGCCUCCAUUUCAACCUAUGUCUUACUAACAUUCCACCUUCCCUCUCUCCAAUGUCUACUUCCGACCCCAAAUCCCGCCCCCGUCCCGGCCCUUGGCCACCUGCUCCUGACCCAUCCUCAAUGCCACCUGCUUCUUGGGCCAAACGCACCGGCUUCCGUCCCAAGUUCUCCGGCGAGACCAAUGCCACUGAUUCCGCGCACCUCGCUCUUCCUUCCAGGCCUAAGGACCCAGAUGCCCCCACUGAUCUUGAAGCUGGCCGUCUCCGAGGGACCUCUGCUGUUAAUGGAGAGCAGGAGAGUGUGAAGGCGUCUCACCCGCCUUUGGACAAGGAGAAAGAUCAGACAGUGAAGAGGAGGAGGGAUUCUGAUGGCUUACCCAAGGGUUCUGGACCUGCUCAGAAUGGACAGGCGCUUCCUCCGCCUCCGGCUACGGAGCCGGCCAACCAACCCCGGCGCCCGGUUAGAAACGAGGAUGUGGUGGAUGUUCUGCCUCAGGCUGGGGAUGAUGAUGGAUUUGUUGCUAGACACUCGCACAUGAAGUAUGAACUUAGAGAUACGCCUGGUCUUGUCCCGAUCGGUCUAUAUGGGUUCCAGCAUUAUAUUUCGAUGUUGGGUUCCUUGGUUCUUAUUCCGCUUGUUAUUGUUCCUGCCAUGGGUGGCACUUAUGAGGAUACUUCAAAUGUAGUAUCGACGGUGCUCUUUGUUUCGGGCGUCACUACCCUUUUGCAUACGUCUUUUGGCUCAAGGUUACCGUUGAUACAAGGUCCAUCAUUUGUUUUCCUGGCUCCAGCAUUGGCAAUUAUCAAUUCACCGGAGUUUCAAGGACUUAAUGGGAACAAUUUUAAGCAUAUAAUGAAGGAGCUACAAGGUGCAAUUAUCAUAGCUUCAGCUUUUCAAGCAAUACUUGGGUAUAGUGGACUGAUGUCACUGCUUUUGAGGCUGAUCCAUCCUGUAGUUGUGGCCCCAACCAUUGCUGCUGUUGGACUUUCAUUUUAUAGUUAUGGUUUUCCACUAGUUGGUGCCUGUCUUGAGAUUGGUGUCGUGCAGAUACUGUUGGUUAUUAUAUUUUCUUUAUAUCUCCGGAAGAUAUCUAUUCUUGGCCAUCGGAUUUUUCUAAUAUAUGCAGUUCCACUUGGCAUUGUUAUCACGUGGGCUUUGGCUUUUUUGCUGACUGAAGCUGGAGUUUAUAGUUACAAAGGUUGUGAUACAAAUGUUCCUGCCUCAAAUAUUAUAUCCGACCACUGCAGAAAACAUGUUUCAAGAAUGAAGCAUUGUCGAGUUGAUACUUCUCAGGCACUAAAAUCUUCACCAUGGUUUAGAUUUCCGUAUCCCUUACAGUGGGGCACUCCUGUCUUCCACUGGAAAACAGCAAUUAUUAUGUGUGUUGUAUCUGUCAUCUCAUCUGUGGAUUCGGUUGGUUCGUAUCAUGCAUCUUCAUUAUUGGUCGCAUCCAGACCCCCAUCACCUGGUAUUCUUAGUCGAGGAAUCGGAUUGGAAGGUCUUUCUAGCAUUCUGGCUGGUCUAUGGGGUACAGGAACUGGGUCUACAACGCUCACUGAAAAUGUUCACACUAUAGCUGUUACAAAAAUGGGAAGCCGCAGAGCAGUUGAACUGGGUGCAUGCAUUUUGAUAGUGUUAUCUCUUGUUGGUAAAGUUGGGGGCCUUAUUGCUUCCAUUCCCGAUGUUAUGGUUGCUGCUCUUCUUUGCUUUAUGUGGGCAAUGCUUACGGCACUAGGCUUGUCAAAUCUUCGAUAUAGUGAAGCAGGAAGCUCUCGGAACAUUAUCAUUGUUGGAUUAUCAUUAUUUUUCUCUCUCUCGGUACCAGCCUACUUUCAACAGUACGGUAUCUCCCCAGGCUCCAACAUGUCAGUGCCAAGUUAUUUUCAGCCAUAUAUUGUGGCUUCCCAUGGACCUUUCAACAGUAAAUCUGGAGGGCUGAAUUUUGUUCUCAACACAUUAUUCUCAUUACACAUGGUGAUCGCAUUCCUGGUCGCCAUCAUCCUUGAUAACACUGUGCCGGGCAGUCGACAGGAACGCGGUGUAUAUGUGUGGUCUGAUCCUGAGACUGCCAGGAGGGAGCCUGCUGUUACCAAAGACUACGAGCUUCCAUUCAGGGUUGGUCGAGUUUUCAGAUGGGUGAAAUGGGUUGGAUUCUAAAUGACCAGACAUCCAACGAUCAUUCAUAUGAACAAGCUUUGUUACAUAUCGGUCGUCAUCCAGACAGCGAUGCAAUGGUGGUGCAGUUCUCCAAUCUGGUUCCAAAUGCAAGUCCCUACAGCUCUCUUCUUUCACAUGGUCAAUGGUCCACUUUUGUUGUGCCUGGGGGGUUUGGCUGGAGUAUUUUCUUACACGAAACACAUUAGCGGAAUAGGUUUGUUUAGUAGGAGAUAGGGGUGUACAUUUUUUGAGAAUCCAGAGUGAUCUGGGUGUGUUGUAAUUUAGAUUAUGAAAUGAUGUGUAUGUACUUAGUUGAGUCAUAGACUAGUCUGGAUUUUCAUGCCAUUUUGUGCAAGUUUUGGGAGUCCAUCCAGGUCAGGUCAUGUAUAUUUUUCUUCCCAUUUAUUUAAUUAGCCUUUUCUUUUUGUUUUUUACUUUCUAUUUCUUUAGUUAGUUUAGGGAUUUCUAGUUUCAAUUCUUAUUAUUUGUGGGAACUGAACACUGGUUUAUAAGGAACUUCAAUCUUAUUUUAUCUCUUUUUUUUUUC